AUGGCGGACCAUUUGUUCUUUCCUGAAGCGCCUCCUAAGCCCCUUCGAAUUAAGUACGACGGCCCACUAUACGACGGGAGCGAUUGGGAUACGUUUCCCACCCGCUGUGGCUGGCUAAACGAAUCUGGAGCAGAGGACUUUCUUGCACGCUACAUUCCUUACGUGAAAAUACCCGAGGAGCUGAAUUACUUAUUCCAAUACCGAUCAAUGAUGGAGUGUUGGCUCUACUUUGGCAUGCUGCACUAUGUUUUCGGUGACCAGCUGGACCAGUCCGACUUUAUUCUCUGUGAGGAGCAAGAAGGCCAACAGCAGUACAUCACGACAAGGCAUUUGCACAAAUAUGUUGAGAAUGCUGGCGAUUGGAAGAAGAACAACCGCGGGGCGCGAACAGUUGAGAUUGUCCACAAAGUUCUCAACGCUCUUCCGGGCUAUAUUCGCUUCAUAGGGGAAGAAAUGUGCUUGGCCAUUCGUCUGGCUAGCCUUACUCUCUGGAACAUUGCAGUUAAGCGAGACGGCCCCCAGCCCGACCCUAGCUUCUUGGGAGCGUGGUCUCUUAGCAGCAAAGAGUUGGAGCAACUGCGGUUAUUUGAUGGAUGGUGUCCCCUGGAUGCAGAGAAAUGUUGCCAAGCCGGUAUCUACCUGGAUACCCAGGCUUAUCUGCUGCAAUUGCAACGUACAAAACCCAGUUGGAACAACAGAACACACAAGUCUUGUAAGAAGACACAAUGCGUAGCGGACAAUAUAGAUGAGAGCAAGUAUGUUACUCGCCAUGUGCAAGAAGACUGCAGUUGUUCGCACAUCCACGCAGACAACGAACAGUUACGCACAGUUCUUCUGGAUGGAGGAAUUCCUCUUGCAAUGAUCACCCCUUGUGGUGAGGACGAGCUUGGGAACCAGCAGUAUGAGCUCAAUAUUGUGACGAAACGCGCUAACAAGCCAUAUGUAGCCAUCUCCCAUGUAUGGGCUGAUGGACUGGGCAAUCCCCAGGGUAACUCUCUUCCACACUGCCAAUUGGAAUUUCUUUACAAGCAGGCCAGGCGCCUCCUGCGUGACAAAGAAUAUAUUCCUGGCUAUGAUGAGAAAGUAUAUGGAUCCCUGUACACUGGGGCUGCUCGACUUGCCCAUUUCGCGACCAAUGCGGCUCGGCGAAGAGACAAUUCUGUGCUGGUGUGGAUUGAUACAUUGUGCAUCCCACAUCAAAGUGACGCACGCAGUCUGGCAAUUCAACGCAUCCGCGAUGUUUAUACCGGUGCUUCUAGGAAUUUGAUUCUCGAUUCCGAGUUGAUGCUGGUCGACUCGCGCUUGUGCAAUAAAAUGGAAGUUUGCCUGAGAGUCCUUUACUGUUCAGGCUGGAUCCGCCGUUUAUGGACGCUCCAAGAAGGACUUGCCGCGAAGGACAAGCUAUUCGUGCUGUUGUCUGACAAGGCAAUCAAUAUUGGCACCAUCCCCUACAUGCUUUUUAAUAAGGUCGACGAAGGAAAAUUGCCGAUUUUCCAGGAAGGGAUCGCUACGAUGGCCGCAAUUAUGUGGUACUCAUACUUUCAAGAGCCCACUGACUCCGCCUCUAAAAUCAAUCUUUCUGUCGUCAAAAAUGGAACUACUAGAAGCCACAGCAACUUGAUAGCUUGGAACUGGUUCAAUGUGGCUACACGAGCCUCCAGCAAGGAUCGUGAUCGUCCUACUGUCCUCGCAGGUCUCCUGAAUCUUGAUGUCGGCAAGAUCCUUAAGUUCAAGGAGGCCGAUGAGCGCAUGAGGAGGUUAUAUAGCAUGCUACAUGUGUUUCCCCAAGACGUGCUCUUCAUCAACGGGCCACGAUUCGAAGAAUACGGUUUGGGAUGGGCAAUGAAAACCUGUCGAUUUACGGGCGAUUUCACUACGCUGUCCGGUGAUGCGGGAGACAUCACGUCGCGGGGCCUCUGCAUCACAAUGUAUCCUUCACUGAUAGCUCUUUCGUCCGACCUGUUUGAUCUCGCACUGGCCAAAUCAAAACGAUCUGACCCUGACCAAAGACAGAUGGAUUGGGAGAAGUGGCUUGACGAUUCCAAGCCCCAUUGUGCUCCUGAACUUGAUCUAGAUGCCGAUUAUGAUCCUGACUAUGUUUCGGAAGCAAGCAAGUCAGCGACAGAGCCAGACGACACAAAGCUUUCAUUCUUGCACUUAAAAGGGACAAUUCCAGUUAAUCUCAGCCAAGGCGAAGCGUAUGGAAUUAUCUUAAGGUCUGCCCUUCCUGAUCAAAUAUACACCCAAUGUGCAUUAGUGGCACUCCAGACAAGUGAAGAUGGGGUCCAUUACGGACGAUACCUUAGCACGGGGGGUCUUCGUAGUGCUACUUUCGAUAGGAACGUGCAUUCGGUGGAUUUGCCAGAGGACGGUUACCUUCUGGCAGGCACCUGGGGUGAUGCACAAAAAUAUCAAUGGAUUGUUGGUUAA